AUGAAAGCAGAUGGAAAAAGCGACAACGAUAAGCGGUUGAUGUGUUUUAAUUGCCAACAAAAGGGACACAUUUCUUCGAAAUGCCCACAACCACAACGUAAACGUAAGUGCGUUGACUGCCAAAAAGUACAUUCUAGAAACGAGCCCGAAAACUGCGGCAAGAAAAGCGUAGGAACACGUACGACGAAAUCUGUGAAUAAGACAGUUAUUCAAGGCAAUCAGUUGGAGAAAGUUGUUUCGAUUAACGAUAAUACAUUCACGGCACUGAUCGAUACUGGCAGUGAAUGUAGUAUGAUAAGGCAGAUGGCAGCGAAUUGUCUCAAAUGCGUUAAAGAAGAAUGUACCCUUAAGAUAAAUGGAUUUUGUUGUGGUGUUGUUUACGUACUUACAAAAAUACACGUUAACAUGAAAAUAGACAGCUUUGAGCGAGUUGUAUGUCUGUACGUAGUAGACAACGAACUGUUGCAGGUGGAUCUCUUGCUAGGGCAAGAUAUGUUAAAAAGUAUGCGAGUGACGGUGGUAAAUGGGGAAACAACUUUUGAAAACGUAUGCGGUGAAAUUGUUAAGAAAAAUGAACAUAAGCAGUUAUGCGUCGAUAAAAUCAAAUGUGGAAUCGAUUAA